CCCUAGAAGAAAAAUAUGCCUAAUAUAAAACCCUAAUUUUCGGCCUCUUUCACCAGGUAAGUCGUUCGUUUUGUUGCAGCCUCUGGGAGAAGAAGCAUCAGGACGAAGCCGCUCGCCGUCUGCCGUCAAAAUGUCGUUGGUUGCGAACGAAGAUUUCCAGCACAUUUUGCGUGUGCUCAACACUAAUGUCGAUGGGAAGCAGAAGAUUAUGUUCGCUCUUACUUCCAUCAAAGGUAUUGGAAGGCGUCUCGCCAACAUGGUUUGCAAAAAAGCCGAUGUUGACAUGAACAAAAGGGCUGGUGAAUUAACUGCGGCCGAGCUGGACAAUCUCAUGGUGGUUGUUGCGAACCCCCGACAGUUCAAAAUUCCUGACUGGUUUUUGAAUAGACAGAAGGACUACAAGGAUGGUAAGUACUCACAGGUGGUAUCGAAUGCUCUCGACAUGAAGCUGAGAGACGACUUGGAGCGAUUGAAGAAGAUCAGGAACCACCGUGGGCUGCGACACUACUGGGGUCUUCGUGUCCGUGGUCAGCACACUAAGACUACUGGACGCCGAGGGAAGACUGUUGGUGUCUCGAAGAAGCGUUAAUAAUUUCGAUCCCUUUCUUAUUUUGCAAGCGAUUUUUCUUGAUUAAUAUGAUUAGUGUUUGAGAUUUUUUGGGUUUGGAUCUCUUUGGAUUUUGGCUGGGGUUUUUGAAACCUUUGGCCAUUUAUAUUUGCAUUUCGCUCAUUCAUUUUUGGUCGUUAUAAUAGAGAUUGAAAUCCCAGUCGAAUUUAUUAUUUAUCUUCUCCAU